AAGCGGUGGAUUACACGUUGUUUCAUUUGUUUGCUUGAGUUUUCACCACCCUUUCUCUCCCUCUCUUCUUCCCUCGAAGUUUCUGCAUAAUCCCUGCAGAUUGCUUCUUUGUUUUUCCCUGCUAGGGUUAUAAUAAUCUCCUUGGUGUUUUUCUCCGUCCUUUUUUUGUUUAGCUUUCUUUCUCAAUUUCAAAUGGAGAACACCAAGAAAUGCAAAGUUGCUGCUAAUGAUGGUGACAAAGAAAAGAAAUCCCUAAUCGCAGAAGAAGAAGAAAAAAAUGUGCUUCAAGCUGAAGAAUUUCCUGAUGAAUUUCAAUGCUGUAUCUGCCUGGAUCUCCUUUACAAGCCAGUGGUAUUGGGUUGUGGCCACUUGUCAUGUUUUUGGUGUGUGCACAAAGCUAUGAGCAUAUGCUAUGAGUCCCAUUGUCCCAUAUGUCGACACCCAUAUAACCAUUUUCCAAGUAUUUGUCAAUUGUUACAUCUCUUGCUGCAGAAGUUGUAUCCUGUAGCUUAUGAAAGCAGGAAAAGACAAGUGAGAGAAGAAGAAAAGAAAAUCGGCUACUUCUCACCUGCGACUCAUAAGUUGUUUGGAUCAUGCCCUAGUAAGGAAUCGAAUAUCUUGGACAUUCAUCAGCCUUCCCAUGCCAAUUUCCCGGCAAAAUCUUAUUUAGAAGAUUAUUCAGAGAAAGGGGAAUCAUCUUCAAAUAGAAAUUCAUCAGGAGAAACAAUGCAUCAGCAGGAUGAUUCAUCAGUAAGAUCAGAGAGAGCUUCAAAUAGCUCUGAAAUUGCUGAAAAUGAAACAAUCCAAAAGUAUAAUUUGCUUGAGGAUGAUAUUGAGCAUGGAGCUUACAAGCAAGUUACUGUUUCUGAUUUCCAAUGUGCUGCAUGCAAGAAGUUACUCUUUCGACCUGUUGUUCUUAACUGUGGCCACGUCUAUUGUGAAUCUUGUAUAUGUGGAUCAGAGAGUGGAAUCAUUAAAUGUGAAGUCUGUCAAAGUUUGCAUCCGAAUGGAUUUCCAAGUGUUUGCCUAACUAUAGAGCGUUUCCUAGAGGAGCAGUUUCCUGAUAUUUAUGCAGAGAGACGAGAGACUCUACUCAAACAAACUGAUCGAUCAGGACAAGCUCAACCACAAACUUCCCAGUCAUUGUCGUCGGUUCUCUCUGAUGUUUACUCCUCAUGGUGGUGGGGCAAUAAGGGCCCUAAGGUUCACAUUGGAGUGGGUUGUGAUUCUUGCGGGAUGUCUCCACUAAUUGGUGAGAGGUACAAAUGCAAGGACUGCGUGGAGGAUGUCGGCUUUGAUCUGUGUGAAGCAUGCUACAGAAAUCCGACAAAUGUUCCUGGACGAUUUAAUCAGCAGCAUAAGCCGGAACAUGAGUUUGAAGUUCUAUCACCGAAAAUUCCAAGUGGAUUGUUUCGCCGGCUGAAUUCUGCACGUCCUGAACCAAUUAUUCUGUCAGGUCCAGACUCUCCAGGCAAUAUGGAGGAUGCUUCUCGUGCUUCCAUUUUAUCAUUUGAAGUUCAGCAAAUCCCAGAAGAUGGUUCUCAUGAUGUGGAGGAUACUUCUGCUUUAAUUUUGUCAAUUGAUAUCCCGGAGGAUCUACAACAUGAUUCUGAUGAUUCCAUUUCACAAAUUUGAUCAUGAAGAUCGCAAAGCCUCAUUAAAAGUGCCACAUAUGACACAGCCCGAAGGACAUGAGGAAUAAAUCUUCGUAGGCAGGAAAAUUAUUUUGAUCGCCAGUUCCUUUUCAGCCUCCAAACUGACAUAUGCGGUAUGUGGGUUCAAUAACACCCUCUUAUAUAUGUGAUCUCCCUACUUUUGAAGGACCAAGCAAGUAUUUGCUUUUUAUUGAUGGCAUCCUCCUUGGCUUUUUGGGCUAGCAAAUCAUUAGAAAAGAAACAAGACCUCAUGUCAUGUUUUUGACUGGAAUUGGAUAGAGACUAGUUUGUUUGUCCUUGCCUGCAACAUGAUUCAUUGAAUUUUGCAUUACCAACCACAAAGCAUGUUCUUUUUUUGUUCAGUGUUUCAGUUUUCAUUAUGAUACCAAAUAUCUUCUGGUUAACUUUUGUCAAUAAUUGACAUUGCGGA